GUAGCUCCAGCGCAUACAUAAACACGUAAGUGAGUAGGUGCCCAGGACCCUCCGCCUCCUGCCCGGUGCCCGAGGAAGCGCAGGGCGGCGCCAGGCGCGGGGAGGAGCGGCGGCCGGGCCGGGCCGGGCCGGGCCGUGGGCGGCUCCGCAGGCUCGUGCGCCCCGGACCUGCGCCUCCGUGCGUCCUGCGGCGGCGAUGGGCGCGGGGCCCGUGCAGCCCGCGCAGCCCGGAUCCAGCGCCCCGAGGACCCCGGCGCGGCUCCGCCAGGUCGGCCAGGCAGCCUGCGAGAUUCCGAGCCAAGAGCCAGCCCCACAAUGGGAUCCCUGAAGGAAAGAUUUGGGUCUGCAUCCCUACUGAUGGGUAACCAAGACUGAAUAAGUGCCUACCAAGAAAACAUGUGGCGACAUGGAACCUGAAAUAAACUGCUCUGAAUUUUGUGACAGUUUCCCUGGCCAGGUGCUGGAUCGGAGUCCCUUUCAUGAUCUCUGCAGGACAAUUGACGGCAGUCAUUCCAUCUCUUCGUUAUCUCCCGCCCUCCUGGGCAUUGUUUGGACUUUUCUCAGUUGUGGAUUGCUUUUGAUGCUCUUCUUUCUUGCCUUCACAAUUCGCUGCAGGAAGAACAGGAUUGUGAAGAUGUCCAGUCCCAAUCUGAACAUUGUGACUUUAUUGGGAAGCUGUCUGACUUACAGUAGUGCUUACCUCUUUGGAGUUCAAGAUACUUCAUUGGGUUGCUCAAUGGAAACUCUCAUCCAGGUAAGACUGUCCCUGCUGUGCAUUGGGACCUCUCUUGUGUUUGGCCCCAUUCUGGGGAAGAGCUGGCGACUCUACAAGGUGUUUACCCAGAGGGUCCCGGACAAGAGAGUGAUUAUCAAAGACCUGCAGUUACUGGGGUUGGUAGCUGCCCUGGUGAUGGUUGAUAUGGUCCUGCUUGUGACAUGGGUGCUGACUGAUCCCAUCCAGUGCCUCCAGAUCCUUGGUGUCAGCAUGACGUACUCCGAUGUCUGGAUUGCUCUCAUUUUGGGAUGCAAGGGGCUCCUCCUGCUGUAUGGUGCAUACCUGGCUGGCCUGACAGACCACGUCAGCUCUCCUCCUGUGAACCAGUCCCUGGCCAUCAUGGUUGGGGUCAACCUGCUGGUCCUGGCUGCUGGGCUGCUCUUUGUGGUCACCAGAUACCUGCAUUCCUGGCCCAACCUGGUCUUUGGACUCACAUCUGGAGGCAUCUUUGUUUGCACGACCACAAUCAACUGCUUCAUCUUCAUUCCCCAGGUACGCUCGGGGGAGGGUUUUGCAUGGUGGACCUCAGUCAUUCUGCAGUUUUUACAAGGGCUGCUGAAGCAAUGGAAGGCAUUUGAAGGGGAAAACCAAACAAUCAGACGCAUGGCCAAGUAUUUCAGCACUCCCAGCAAAAGCUUCCAUCCGCAGUUUGGUGAUGAGCAGAACUGCCACCCUCGGGAUGAGCGGAGCUCCAUGGAGAGGCUGCUCACAGAGAAAAAUGCUGUAAUUGAAAGCCUGCAGGAGCAAGUGAAUAAUGCCAAAGAGAAGCUAGUGAGGCUGAUGUCUGCUGAGUACGCCUGUGAUCCCCUAGAGCGGGUCAUCUCCCUCACAUCUUCCCAGGGUAACGAUCUCCCAGCUGCAGCUUCUGCCCAUGGCCUGGCACGAGGACCCUCAGAAGGGCCCCCUGCUCCUCAGAAUGAUCCCAGCACAGCUGCCCAGGACUCUUAUUGCACCUCAGUGCCCUCCCCACACAUGCAAAACCCCCAGGUCCCUGGGAGGAACCCCAGCCCCUCCCCGGGCCAGAAGAAGAUUCCUGACUUAAAACAUUUCUCUGAUCACUUAGACUUGGAUAAUAGCCAGAAGCCACAGGCCGAGCAGAGCCAGAAUUCAAAAAAAGACCAAGGGCCCAUGGCUCCCAGCCAGGAUGCUAUCCCAGGCAGAGGGGCCUCUGAUCCCCAGAGACAGAGAGAGAACUUAAGGGAUCCCUCAGAGAAGCUCCCUACGGUCAGUUCGAUUGUUAGGGAAAAGCUUCAGGAAGUCAUACAAGAGCUGGGCCUUGGCCCCAGGGCUCCCCUCUCCAACCCCCUGUCUUCUCCCCAGCAGCUCUGGAAGGGCAGUACUUCCCACAGCCCACAGAAGAUGCCCAUCUCCAGGGGACUAGGCUUCAGCCCAUACAUAGUGAGGAGGAGGAGGCGGGCUGCUCAGCUGGCUGGCUCAUGCUUUCCUGGCUCUGUGCCCUCCUAUGUGGGGCAUCGGACCAAUCAGACUGUUUCCAGGACACAUAGUGGGCUGAAUGUGCCCAGUGGGGACAGUCCCAGGCCAGAUCACCAAACCACUGGUUCUAAGGUACCCAGGUCCUCAUCCAGGCAGCCUUCACUUCGCUCAGAUCCUCAAGAGAGACUGUGUAUUGCAGCAGGCAGCAUACAAGGCCAGGCAGAGCGCCUGGAAGCCACGGUGGGCAAUGCAGCCUUUCCUCGCCAGCCUGCAACCCAUGCCUGGACACGAAGGCCCGCUGCACCCUGCCUACCCACGUUAGACCUGCACGAGCAGCAGCAGCUGCAGUUCUCGGGGUCCUCUGGCUGCCCCAUCCUGUCUUCUCAGUGUAACUACCUUGACACCGAGUCCAGCAGCUCAGAUGAGUUCUUCUGCCACUGCCACAGGCCCUACUGUGAAAUCUGCUUCCAGAGCUCCUCUGACUCUAGUGACAGUGGCACAUCAGACACUGACCCCGAACCUGCUGUAGGACUGGCCUCCUGGGAAAAGCGCUGGGCCCGCUCCAACCCCAUCGUGAACUUCAAAGAUGACUUGAGACCCACACUGGUGUGAAAAGCAGCAGGGUUGGUCUUGCCAAAGAGGUCAGUCCAGGUUGAGCUGAAGUAAGACCUUCGAGAGGACAGCAAGGACCUGGUCCGUGGGCCACACACACGGCCCUGCGCUUGGCCAGCUCUGAACACAUUUCCACUGUUCAAGUGCACUUCUCACGUUCUAAAAAGAGGGGUAUUGCUUGUCUUGCUACUACCUCAUAGGUUACUGUCCAAGACUCCAGCUGAGGGACUGUAAAAACACUGACUCCUUGAAUAAAAGGUGCAAAAUGAGCACAAAGAGCUUUCUUUGUAUCUCAGGCUGCAUCCUCUAAGACUCUUAAUAUGUACUAGUGGAUGACUGGAUGGACAGAAAGGUGGACAGAUGCACAGGAGGUUUCUGCAGAACCUAAGUCUCCCAUGAAGCUGGCAGACCUACCAGAUCUGUGUAAGAGCACAGAUCUCUUACACGCUUGGUCUUCCACUUCUGGAAGAGGUACUCUUCUCUCUACAGAAGUUGUAAGCAGUGCAGUGCUGUUGUGGUUUCUGGUCAGUCCCACUCCUCUCACGCACCUCACUAGUCUUCCCAUGUCCACCCUCAUGGCAUCUCACCACUGGCCCUGAGGCAGUCAGACCUGCUGUGUCCACAGCCUCUGCACUUCUGUGUUUGCUUAAAACAUCUCCUGGCCAUGUAGCCCACCCCUUGGGCCUCCCAGUGGUGCUGUAUCAUGCUGGGGGAAGCACACACCAGCAGUCUGCGUUGGGCUUGGAAGGACCUGCUGGUCAUGAGGUGCUUUCAGUGCCACUGGGGUCCAGUGACCACCAAUGACGUACCUAAACCUGGAGACAAAAUGGGGAAAUAGGAAAAAGGAGGGACGAGAAUGCAAGAAAGAAAGCGGGCUGUGAACAUUCCACUUGAGUUGGCUCAGAACUUGGCAAGACCCAAAGUCAGUAAUUCUUAGAAUAAUGCUGUGAAAUAGACACUCUUUGUUACAGAAGGAAAUUUGAGGCUUAGCAACUAAGGUCACUUUGCCAGUGUCAUACUGCUGGAUGGGGAGUUGGCACACAGCAACCUGGACUCCUGGCUGGUGGAUUUCCUGGCGGGGAGGAGGGGAGGUUAUCCUUUACUCUUCCAGAGUGGCAGGUGAGGCUCACAGGGGGACAGUAAAGCAAAGGUGAUGUGAGACAGCUGUGAGGUGCUCACCCUGCAGCACAGGUUGACAAAACUGGGCUCCUGGCCUCUACUUCCUUCUGCACCUCCAAGGAUCAGGGGAGUUGGUAAGGAUUUUGUCUCUGACCAAAGCCGUGGGGAGAGCAAGCUGGGCUCACUUCACUUGUUGCUGAGCUGGUUGACAUUUAUAGCCUCCCACCCUAGCCUGUGCAUGCAUCUGUGGGUGCACACAGGUUUUUGUAGAGGGGUUUGGGCCCAAGAGAAGGGGCAUUUGGCCCUAAACUUUUCAAAGAUUUAUCAGAUUUUCAAGUCUGCUAACACCCUGUGAUCCUCCAGAUGCUGAACCAGGAGGUGCUCCUGGUCGCACAGCUUCUGUCUAUUUUAAAACCAAGAUUUUAUAAUUUAUUCCAUGCGUGGGUUUGUAGUCUCUGCAUGUGUUGUUUGUAUGCUAUCCAAGUGGUACCUUAAUAAAAGAGGUCAACUCUAA